CGGAGACCAGCAGCCGCAGAGGCGUCGACGGCGGCGGCGACGACGACGUUCCUCAGUCUUCGGGGUGGGCUCGGCGGCAUAGGCCGGGCUGUGCGGCGGGCUGGGCGGUCAGCGGCGGCGGCCUUAGGAGGGCCGCGGCGCCAUGGGCGGGCGGUAGACGGGUUCGGGCCGGCGACGCGAGGUGCGGCGGCAGUCGUCCGGGCCGCGGCGACCUUCCGCGAAGCCCGGGGGUGGGGAGGCCCGGGGCGGGGGUCGUCCCGGGCUGCGUGGGGCCUUGGGGCGGGGCUCGCAGGCCGUCGGGGUGCAGGAGGUCUGGGCCGCCGCGAGGAGCCGCCGCCGGUCGCUGGGCCCCGCCGCCGGGCCGCUCGACGACGACGCUCCCGCGGGGGCCCCGCCUGAGGAGGACGCGGCGGCGGCGGCGAGGCCGCGGGAGGCCGCGGAGGAUGGAGGAGCGGAAGGAGGAGGGCGAGGCCGAGAUCCAGGAGCACGGGCCCGAGCACUGGUUCUCCAAGUGGGAGCGGCAGUGCCUGGCCGAGGCCGAGCAGGACGAGCAGCUGCCCCCUGAGCUGCAGGAGGAGGCGGCGGCCGCCGCGCAGCCCGAGCACAAGCAGCAGAAGCUGUGGCACCUCUUCCAGAACUCGGCCACCGCCGUGGCCCAGCUCUACAAAGACCGAGUGUGCCAGCAGCCAGGACUUUCUCUCUGGGUCCCCUUCCAAAACGCAGCCACCGCCGUCACCAACCUCUACAAAGAAAGCGUGGAUACUCAUCAGCGAAGUUUUGAUAUUGGAAUUCAGAUUGGCUAUCAACGACGCAAUAAGGAUGUGUUGGCUUGGGUUAAAAAGCGCAGAAGAACUAUUCGUAGAGAAGAUUUGAUCAGCUUCCUGUGUGGGAAAGUUCCUCCACCACGAAACUCUAGAGCUCCCCCAAGACUGACUGUAGUGUCCCCUAACCGAGCUACUUCAACGGAAACUAGCUCAUCUGUAGAGACUGAUUUGCAACCCUUCCGGGAAGCCAUAGCUCUGCAUGGUCUUAGUGGUGCAAUGGCUAGUAUAAGCGUGCGUUCGAGUACCCCAGGCUCUCCUACACAUGUAAGCAGUGGAUCGAAUGCUAGUCGAAGGAGAAAUGGACUCCAUGAUGUCGAUUUGAACACUUUCAUAUCAGAAGAAAUGGCACUCCACUUGGACAAUGGUGGAACUAGAAAGCGUACCUCAGCCCAGUGUGGCGAUGUCAUUACAGACUCACCAACCCAUAAACGCAACAGAAUGAUCUAAACUACAGACAUUUUCACACCCACCAUGCUGCUUGAAAGCCACUCGAUCCUCCACAUAUACUCUUAUUGCAAAGGAAACAUGAGGCCAUCUUCCCUUGUUCACUGUUUAAGACAAGUGAAUUCUAUAGUGGUUGCCAUAAAAGGAAGCUCUAGGUAUUUACAGUAGAUGCCUCUUGUAACCAUGGCUUUCUUAAAACUAUAAUCCUAGCAGAGGACAUCAGACAUCGUGUAGUCAUUAGCAAGAUCAUCAUAGGCAAACAUAUUAUCCGUUCCAAGGCUAAAAGUGACCUUAACUGUAUUUAUUCUCAAAGGGAAAGGAACUAUCAGAUGUUAUUUGGUUAUAUAGAAUGCUUCCCCCACCCCCUCCCACCCCCACCCCCCUUCUUCUUCUUUUUGGUCCAUUUCCUGCUGCGUUGAGUAUUUUGCUUCAACAGUGUUGCCAGGUUCCUAAAAUGAUCUCAGACCCACGAUUUGGCUUCCUCGUCAAAUCUGCAGGCUUCCAGUUUUUGCAGCGGCCCUGUACCGUGCACCUGGUCUCUCUGUAGUCCAGUGUGCAACUUCUAAUGAUGGGACUGUGCCCUGGUUUUAGUUUUCCAAGCAGUUUCUAAUUCUGGUGAUUGUGUGAUAUAAAGAGGUGCUAUGAUGGUCAUGCAAUUAAUACUUAAUAUUGAAUCAAUACACAGAACUUUAUUGGAUUCACUUUGUGUGUGUUAGCGCUCUAAAAGUAGCAAUAUGAUUAUUAAAGUGCCCCCCCAGAUUGACCCCGUAGGCUUAAAAUAAUCCUGUUUUAAGACAAGUACUACUUCCCACGCAGGGUACUGUUCCUUAUGGUAAAUGUAAACUUGUAGACUGCAUUCAAGGGGGACCUACAGUAGUGAGGUCAUGAACUUGGAGGAUGGGCUUCCUUUUUGGCUCUGCAUUAGCGAGAGGGAGAUGGAUGGUGGGGGAGGGUAGGUAUUCCAGUCUUUCGUGUCCUUUUCUAUCUACAUUUUUCAUGAAUGCCCUACUUUGUGCAGUUUUCCAUUGGAGUUGGUGGAAGAUAAAGGUCUUCGAUCUGCCAAUAAUGUGAUCGCAACUUAAGUAGCAACCCCCCCACUCUCCAGUCCCCCCUCCCCUAAAGAGUGCAGUUUGGAAUCUCAUUCUGGAAAAGAUGGAAUCGCAUGGAGGCUUCUCUAGAUGUUAGUUAGACCUAAAUAAAGGUUCUGAGUAGAUUCCUCUUUUGGUCCCUUAUAAGACCUCUUGUAGCCACAAUGUUUUAGAGCAUGCUUCACCUUCAUUUUUAAUAUCUUGAACUGAAUGAUAGUCUUUUUUAGAUGAAGAACUGAUGUCAGCCUGCCAGGUACUGUAAUUUAUUCUAUCAUAUUAUUAUGUUAUAUAUCAAGUAGGACAGUGAAAAUGUUUCCUUGCAAACUUGUAGUCCAGUAUCAGUUAACUUCCUGUUUUUAUCCUUAAAAGACCACUGCAAAUCAGUGGAAGGGUUUUUCCAGUAAUUACUCACAGCACUUUGUUAAAGUUUGCAAUUCCUUCAGCCAUUUAAUAAUAUCUUUCUGUGAAGAAACUUUGCUAAGUUAACCAUAAUAUUCAUGGACUGGGUGGGAGGUGAAUGGAAUGUUAGAAAUGUUCUGUAUUCGUAUAGAUAUAGCCCUAUUUAAAACAAAAAAAAACCCCAACAGAACAAAAGUCAAUUCCAUAGUAAAACUUAGGACUGAAAGUGAGGUAUUUGAAAAUUUUUGCAAAAAGUGGAUCAUUCUUUUUUGUUUGAAUAUAAUAGCAGGAAGAAUUAUACCUGAAACAGACGAGCCUGUGUAUUAGGAAUACUUUUAAGCUUCCCUUUGGAAUAUGCCCAGAAAUGCAUUUGGAGUUACCAUUGUUUUUUUUUUUUUUUUUUUCCAUCGUUGUAAAUUUAGAUUCUGGAAUUGGCGUUUGGUGUGGUGUGAAGCGUAGCUCACAAGUGGCCAGACCCCCUGUUCCUGAAGGAUUUUGAGAUUGAGGAACGCCUGUAUAACCCUCCCUUUAUGCCUUGGUUCUCUAGUUCCUCCUUCCGAAGAAUAACAGGUUUUUUAAAAUUUUUUAUUUUUGGUUGUUUUUUGUUUUAGUUGGUGCUCUGACGCUGAAUCUCAGUACCCUUUACUCUCGAUUGUCAAAUUUUGAUAAAACAUGUGCCAUUUUCUUUGGUUAGAGAAAGCAGGUCUUAAUGUCUGCCAGAACACAAUUUAUAUGCCUUAUUGGCUCCAUUAAACUUUUUAAAAACUUUAGCAUUCGUUACUUUUUUCCACUGCAUUGAAUCUCAGAUGCGAUUUGUCAACCUCCUCGUAACUCCCCCCACCCCCGCUCUGUGUCCCCUGCUCUCUCCCGUGCCCCCUGAGCACAGAAUAACUCUUCACAUUUAGGAGUAGAAAGGGAAACGAUUUCUC